AUGGAUAUGGAAGUGGAAAUGGAGGAAGAAUUCUUUAUUCAUGAGCCAAUCUGGGUUCGAGAUAUUGAUGGUGAUGAUGUUGAUAUUGACAUUGAUUACGAGUUUGAUGCGCCAAAAUGCUAUGAUUUUUUUAGGCAAGAAACUGAAUUGGAGGCUAAAGAAGCUGAAUUUUGGUUUGAAAUUGCACCAAGUUAUCCACCUUCACCUUUUCUUAUAAAGACUCAUUGGAGGCCAAGUUCUGCUAGCAUGGAACCUGUAGUAACUUCAACAGAUCAUCAUAAUUACAUAGAAUCUGAUAAUCACAUAGUUCAAGAUAUUGCAAAAGCUGAAGUUAAGUCCCGAGCGAAGUCGCCCAGAUCGAAAAAUUCUUUUAUGAACCCUACUGCGAGUCAGCUGGCCAAGAAAAGUUGCUGGCCGGAGAAUCAUUGCACGCGUUUGAUCAGAAGGUUUAACAAGUUCUCUGUGGGAAAUGAAGAGAAGAAUUCAAGGGGUUCUUCUAUUAUCGGAUACCAAGCUACCAAAAGGCAAAAGCUCGAGGCUGGUUACUUGCGCAAGGUUGCUCGUUUAAAGCAUCAAGCACUCUUUCAGCACAAGGAGCCGAAAAAGGUUUCUAAUUCAACUGUUGAUGAUAACCCCACAUUAGGCAGACCAAAAGUUACAGUUCCCAUAGAACCUGUACUUAGAACAGCUUAUAGGGCAGAAUUGCACAGGUCUAAGCUUAAUUUAGGGUCAGAUGAAAAUGCGAAACCAAAUGCUUCUUGUGCUUUUAGAGCAAGGCCAUUGAAUCGAAAAAUUCUCAAGGCUCCUUCAUUCCUUCCUCCCAGAAAAAGCACUCCACAGCAGCCAGACUUUCAAGUUUUUCACCUUAGGACUUUGGAGAGAGCAAGGACAAUGGAGAGGACUAUGCAACAUUCAUCUAUUGAUAAUGUAGCAAAUGUUUGUAGUUCUAACCCUAUUUCCCAAAAUGGAACUAGAGAUUCUAGAAGAGAAAAGUCCAAUUCUGCCUUAAAGGAGAAAUCAGAAGCACUUGAUAAACUUAAGCCUCGCAGCCUCAAUAAGAAGGUUGAAGAACCAAAUUCUCCUACCAAGAAGUUUCCGAUCAACCCAACAAUAGAAUCAUUUAGUAAGGUUCGUUUCAUUGGAAUAAGGUCUUAG